AUGACUUCAGCUGAUGAGAGUUCGGAUAUUUUAACUUUUAUGCCACUAGGUUCUGGCCAAGAAGUUGGGCGUUCUUGCCAUUACAUGCAAUUCAAAGGCAAAAGGAUUAUGGGAAUGCAUGGUGUUGAUGCUCUUCCAUUUGUUGAUUUCAUUGAUGUAGAGGAACUCGAUUUACUUUUAAUUACCCAUUUCCAUUUGGAUCAUUGUGGAGCUUUGCCUUGGCUUUUAGAAAAGACUGCUUUUCGUGGUCGUUGUUUUAUGACUCAUGCUACAAAAGCAAUUUAUAGAAUGAUGAUUGGUGAUUUUGUUAAGGUUACAAAAUAUGGAGGUGGAGGAACUGGAGAAACAAGGAUGCUUUAUACAGAAGAGGAUUUGGAGAGGAGUAUGGACAAAAUUGAGAUGAUUGAUUUUCAUGAACAAAAAGAAGUCAAUGGAAUUAAAUUUUGGUGUUAUGUUGCUGGACAUGUUUUAGGUGCUUGUAUGUUUAUGUUAGAAAUUGCGGGAGUACGUGUUCUUUACACGGGUGAUUUUUCGAGAUUAGAGGAUAGACAUUUGUGUUCAGCAGAAGUGCCAAAUGUAUCACCUGAUGUGUUAAUUUCUGAAUCCACUUACGGAACUCAAAUUCACGAAAGUCGCGAUGAACGAGAAAGGCGAUUUACCUCAACUGUCCAUGAAAUUGUGGCAAGAGGUGGACGUUGUUUAAUUCCAGCUUUUGCUUUGGGAAGAGCGCAAGAAUUGCUUUUAAUUUUGGAUGAAUAUUGGGAACAACAUCCAGAGCUGCAUGAUAUUCCUGUUUAUUAUGCCAGUUCCUUAGCAAAAAAAUGUAUGGCAGUUUAUCAAACAUUUGUCAGUGGAAUGAAUCAACGGAUACAGAGACAAAUUUCUAUCAAUAACCCCUUUGUGUUUAAACAUGUCUCUAAUUUGAAGGGUAUUGAUCAUUUUGAUGAUGUUGGUCCUUGUGUUGUUUUGGCUAGCCCAGGAUUUUUACAAAAUGGUUUAAGUAGAGAACUCUUUGAAAGUUGGUGUACAGAUUCUAAACAUAUUCUCUCAGAGCCAGAAGAAAUUGUCGCUUUAAAUGGUCAACGAUUACCUAUGAGAUUACAAGUUGCUUAUAUCAGCUUUUCUGCUCAUACAGAUUAUAUCCAAACAUCAGAAUUUAUAAGAGCUUUGCGUCCACCUAAUCUAAUUUUGGUGCAUGGAGAAAUGAAUGAAAUGAAUAGAUUAAAGGCAGCAAUACAAAGGCAAUAUGAAGAUGAUACUGAUUUUCAGAUUGAGGUUUACAAUCCACGAAAUACAGAAUCAGUAAAUCUUUUCUUCCGAGGCCAAAAAACUGCAAAAGUUGUUGGCUCUUUAGCAAUGAAUAUACCAAAUGAUGGAAGUAUAAUGAGUGGAAUUCUUGUUCGUCGUAAUUUUAAUUAUCAUCUUUUACAUCCAAAUGAUUUAAAUGCAUAUACCGAAUUAUCCAAUUCUCGACUUAGUCAACGUGAAAGUGUUUUUUAUGAUGGAAGUUUUUCUGUUUUAAUUUAUAAUCUUCGACAACUAUCUUCUGAUACUAUUGUUGAAGAAAUAAUUAAAAAAGAAAAUGAUGAUGAAAGUUGUGAAAAGAAAAGUUUAAAACAAGAAAAGAAAGGAGGAAGCAAUUCACAGCAACAACAACCUUCACAUUUAGUGAAAAUGUUUAAGGGAGAAAUUCUAAUUUCCUUUUAUUCGCCCCAACAUCUGGUUAUUAUUGAAUGGAUGUCAAAUCCAGUAAAUGAUAUGUUUGCAGAUGCUGUUCUUUCUGCCGUUUUACAUGCACAGACUAAUCCUAUACUCGAAAAACAUUUACCAAAAUGUGAAGAACAAGAUCAACAAGCACAACAAAAAAAUGUUGAAAAAGUUCUUUUGGGUGCAUUACACGAACUUUGUGGGCCUAAAAGUAAAGUGGAAUUAACAACAAUAUUAUCGGAAGGAACUUCAAAUGAAACACAACAAAAUAAUUUAAAUUCAAUAAUAGAAUUACAAGUAGACGGAAAAUCAGCACAAAUAGACCCAAAAACAUUACAAAUAGCUAAUUGUUCAGAUCAAUUGCUUCAUCACCUUUUAACUUCUAUAACGCAAAAAAUGGCACAUACUGUUUUACCUAUUUAA